AGUGUGUUUUUUAAAAGUGUAAAGGGGACUAUUGUUCGCUCCUCUGCAUUGUAACUUCCCUAUGGAAAAAUCCAUUCUAAAGUCUUCUCGGGGAUCCAGUCACAUGGACAUGAGACAAACGCCCCUCAGCACUCUAUAGGCCUCUAUACCAUGUUGCUGGGUCAGGGCUUUACACAAUGGGAGCCGCAGAUUCUUUGGGUUCGGUCAGGUAUAAAAGUAACGGUAAAACGAGAACCAGCAUCAGUUUCACAGCAACCAGUUCUGAAGAACCAACUCUCCAAUCAUGACCAUGGGCAAGAUCAUCUUCUACGAGGAGAGGAACUUCCAGGGACGUUCCUAUGAGUGCAUGAGUGACUGCUCUGACAUGACCUCCUACCUGAGCAGGUGCCACUCCUGCAGGGUUGAGAGCGGCUGCUUCAUGGUGUACGACCGCCCCAACUACAUGGGAAACCAGGUUCUCAUGAGGAGGGGCGAGUACGCCGACUACAUGGGCAUGAUGGGAAUGAGGGACUGCAUUAGGUCUUGCCGUAUGAUCCCCAUGCACAGGGGUCAGUUCAGGAUGAAGAUCUACGAGAGGGAGAACUUCGGCGGUCAGAUGAACGAGCUGAUGGACGACUGUGACAACAUCAUGGACCGUCUCCGUAUGUCCGACUGCCAGUCCUGCAACGUGAUGGACGGCCACUGGCUGAUGUACGAGCAGCCCCAGUUCAGGGGAAAGAUGGUGUACCUGAGACCCGGCGAGUACAGGAGCUUCAGGGAGAUGGGCAUGAGCGGCACCAGGUUCAUGAGCAUGAGGCGCAUCAUGGACAUGUAAAAACUGUAGAAUAUGAAUCUAUAAGAAAAUAAUAAACAUUUUUUGACUAAAA